AUGACUGAUAUACUAAUGCCAGUAAUGACCCAUAACUUAGUCUCCCCAUGCACUACAGCGCCGACCCACGUCUCAAAUGCACUACAGUGCCGACCCACGUCACCCAUGCACUACAGUGCCGACCCACGUCUCAAAUGCACUACAGCGCCGACCCACGUCACCCAUGCACUACAGCGCCGACCCACGUCACCCAUGCACUACAGCGCCGACCCACGUCACCCAUGCACUACAGUGCCGACCCAAGUCUCAAAUGCACUACAGCGCCGACCCACGUCUCAAAUGCACUACAGCGCCGACCCACGUCACCCAUGCACUACAGUGCCGACCCACGUCUCAAAUGCACUACAGCGCCGACCCACGUCACCCAUGCACUACAGCGCCGACCCACGUCACCCAUGCACUACAGCGCCGACCCACGUCACCCAUGCACUACAGCGCCGACCCACGUCACCCAUGUACUACAGCGCCGACCCACGUCACCCAUGCACUACAGUGCCGACCCACGUCACCCAUGCACUACAGUGCCGACCCACGUCACCCAUGCACUACAGUGCCGACCCACGUCUCAAAUGCACUACAGCGCCGACCCACGUCUCAAAUGCACUACAGCGCCGACCCACGUCACCCAUGUACUACAGCGCCGACCCACGUCACCCAUGCACUACAGCGCCGACCCACGUCACCCAUGCACUACAGUGCGGACCCACGUCACCCAUGCACUACAGUGCCGACCCACGUCACCCAUGCACUACAGCGCCGACCCACGUCACCCAUGCACUACAGCGCCGACCCACGUCACCCAUGCACUACAGUGCCGACCCACGUCACCCAUGCACUACAGUGCCGACCCACGUCACCCAUGCACUACAGUGCCGACCCACGUCUCAAAUGCACUACAGCGCCGACCCACGUCUCAAAUGCACUACAGCGCCGACCCACGUCACCCAUGAACUACAGCGCCGACCCACGUCACCCAUGCACUACAGCGCCGACCCACGUCACCCAUGCACUACAGUGCCGACCCACGUCACCCAUGCACUACAGUGCCGACCCACGUCACCCAUGCACUACAGCGCCGACCCACGUCACCCAUGCACUACAGUGCCGACCCACGUCACCCAUGCACUACAGUGCCGACCCACGUCACCCAUGCACUACAGUGCCGACCCACGUCUCAAAUGCACUACAGCGCCGACCCACGUCUCAAAUGCACUACAGCGCCGACCCACGUCACCCAUGCACUACAGCGCCGACCCACGUCACCCAUGCACUACAGCGCCGACCCACGUCACCCAUGUACUACAGCGCCGACCCACGUCACCCAUGCACUACAGCGCCGACCCACGUCUCAAAUGCACUACAGCGCCGACCCACGUCUCAAAUGCACUACAGCGCCGACCCACGUCUCAAAUGCACUACAGCGCCGACCCACGUCUCAAAUGCACUACAGCGCCGACCCACGUCUCAAAUGCACUACAGCGCCGACCCACGUCUCAAAUGCAUUACAGCGCCGACCCACGUCUCAAAUGCACUACAGCGCCGACCCACGUCUCAAAUGCAUUAGAAGGAUCACAUCGACAGCACCGACCUGUAACAAGAGAUGAGUUACAGAGAGGAAGAGGUAACUGA